CUCCCCUCCACGGCGGCGCUACAAGAGCUCAGUCUUAACCAGAACGGCUCUGCGUGGUCUUGUGUAUGGUGGGACCGUUCCUAAGCAGUGCGAGAGCUACGUGUUUGGUGAGCUAGGAGCUGUUGUGGCUCUUGCAGACUACAGACGUCAUUCGGGUGGCCUAAGUGGUUUCAGUUGAUCAUCGGUUUUCGAGGAAAUCUCCGACCAGCCGUAUGGAGUUAUCAUGUUGGGUGAUAGUUGGAGCAAUGGUCACUAUCUGCCAAGCCCAAAGCGGUAUCCUCUACCCACGGGAUAGUGAAACCAGGCAAGUCAAAUCUUUGGACGGGAUAUGGAGGUUCCGAUCUAGCAAUGAUUCAGCUCAGGGUUUCAAAGAGACCUGGUUCGCUGAAAGGCUAUCCAAGAGUGGUCCAACUAUUCCAAUGCCAGUGCCAAGCAGCUACAAUGACAUAACUGAGGAAAAGGCAUUGCGUGAGCAUGUAGGAGUGGUCUGGUAUGACAGAACUUUCUUUGUACCUCAAUCUUGGAAAGACGAACAUCUCCGGGUUUGGAUCAGGUUUGGCAGUGUCCACUACCUUGCACAUGUGUGGAUCAAUGGAAAGCCUGUAGUCUAUCAUGAAAUUGGCCACCUACCAUUCCAGCAAGAUAUAACUGAGGUGCUAAACUAUGGAACUGAAAACAGAAUAACAGUUGCAGUUGACAAUACGCUAACCGCUACUACCGUACCUCAAGGAUCAUUGGAUGAUAUACAAACAAUAAAUGGAGCAAAAACUGUUCAGAGGUAUACGUUUGAUUUCUUCAACUAUGCUGGAAUACACAGAUCUGUUCAUUUAUUUACCACUCCAGAUCUCUACAUCGAAGAUGUUACUGUAUAUACUGAUAUAAUUGGCUCCAAAGGAAUUGUAUAUUUCAAUGUCAGCUAUAGUGGGACCAAAGAUAGGAGUUCAGUAAACUGUUGGGUCGAUUUGGUUGAUGCUGAUGGAGCAUCUAUUGCCAGUACAUCAAAAGACGGAAUAGAACCAAGUGGCUUCAUCGGAAAAAUAGAGAUUCCUAAUGCAAAACUAUGGUGGCCUUACAUGAUGAAUCCUCAACCUGGCUACUUGUACACUCUUCAGAUACGCAUCUCAACUUCAACCCAAUGGAGCUAUAAUGUAGAAGAUAUUUAUAGGCAACCAAUUGGAAUAAGAACAAUUCACUGGACAAAUUCAAGUCUAUUGAUCAAUAACAAACCAGUUUAUUUAAGAGGAUUUGGCAGACAUGAAGAUUCGGAUAUACGAGGUAAGGGAUUAGAUUUGCCUUUAGUGGCCAAAGAUUAUAACCUGCUGAAAUGGAUUGGGGCCAACGCGUAUAGAACAUCUCAUUAUCCCUAUGCUGAAGAAAUCAUGGACUUUGCUGAUGAACAAGGAAUCAUGAUUAUUGACGAAUGCCCAAGUGUCGAUACAGACAAAUUUUCAUCAGUUCUUCUUAAAAAGCACAAAGACUCUCUCACAGAACUAAUCCAGCGAGAUAAGAACAGGCCAUCUGUUAUCAUGUGGAGUGUUGCUAAUGAACCCAGAACUCAGUACCCAGCUUCUUCUGAUUAUUUCAGAUCAAUUGUCAACCAUGUUAAAACAUUGGAUACUAAGAGACCUGUUACAGCCGCUCUCAACAAAUGGUACUCGGUCGAUCAAGCGGGACAAUUCAUGGACAUUAUUGGUUUUAAUCGUUACAACGCUUGGUACACUGAGCCUGGAAAAACAGAAGUCAUACAAUUGAACAUUGAAUCAGAAGCAGAACAAUGGCACAAGAAACAUAAUAAGCCAGUGAUAAUAAUGGAAUAUGGUGCUGAUACAAUGCCAGGACUUCAUCUGAUGCCCGAGUACAUAUGGUCUGAGGAAUAUCAAAUAGAAUUGCUUUCGGAACAUUUCAAAGCAUUUGAUAUACUUAGAAAUAAAAGUUUUUUCAUUGGUGAAAUGAUUUGGAACUUUGCAGACUUCAAGACUGAUCAAUCUACUACUCGAGUCGGAGGCAAUAAGAAAGGCAUCUUCACAAGAAACCGCCAACCUAAAUCAGCAGCUCGUCAUGUGAGAAAGAGAUACAUGCAGCUUGCACAAGAAUUAGAUAGCUUUGAUAUACCAGAAGACAUUGAUAAAUAUACUGCCUCUGUUGUGUCUCCCCAGUCAAAUCGUAUUGAUCUUUAAAUAUCAUAUUUAUUUUAAUUAAUCACCCAGUAAGUUCCUUUAGAGGGACCAUGUGACGAUCUUUUGUGUGAAAAUAUGUUGUUUGUAAAUAUUAUUGUGAAAACUUAGAGCAUUUACUUAGAGUGGAUGUUAUAACAUUUGUUUUUAUAUUAAAACGAUUGU